GGAAUAAAAUAGUUUAGAGGAAGUAAAUAGUUCCUUCCCGCCACCUAUAAAGUCUCUCUCUUCCUCUCUUGUCUUCCUCUCCAAAAUCAAAAACCCUUAAAAAAAACAAAAACAAAAAACAGUUUUCAUCAGUUUUUCUAUUUUCUCUGAAAAACCAAAAACAAAAGAGGGGAAAAAAAUAUGGGCGCUUGUGCAACAAAGCCAAAGGAUUUGAAAGGAGAGGCGCCGGAAGACGCACCGGAAAAUGUUCCGGCGGCGGAAGUGGCUGCUUCCACCAAGGAAGCGGGGGAAGUAAUCUCUAAGGAUGUGGUGGUUGUGGCCGAAGAAGAAGUGAAGAAGGAAAUCCAGGAGGGCGGUGGUGCUGAUGAUGAUGAUGCUGAUAGACGUCGAUCUCUUUCUAACUUGUUUAAAGAGAAUGAGGAAGGUAAGGGAUCGGAGCAAGUAAAAGAGGAGGCGUCUCAGAUCACACAAGAUUCCACACCAUCAGAAGCCAAGGCAGAAGAAGCUGAAAAGGUUGUUGAUGCUCCCGUAACGUCGGGGAUAGAAAAAGCACUGAAAGUUGCCUCAAUUACAGCUGAGAGCCCUAGGGUGGAAACUUCUGAGGAGAAGAAGGUAGAGAAAGUAAAAUCAGAAACUAAGACUCUUGCUGAGGAGAAAGUGGAAGAAGUAAAACUGGCGGUAGAGACUCCUGCAGAGAAGAAAGUAGAAGAAGUGAAACCAGCAGUAGAGACUCUUGCAGAAAAGAAAACAGAAGAGGCACCAGCUGCAACACAUGCUCCAAAACCUGGAGCUCCCUUGGAGACAGAAGCAGAAGAAAAACCAGCUGCUUCAAAGGUAACUGUUACAGAAGAAAACAAGUCGAGCUAGUCUUGGCAGGAUAAUUGAACCAAAAUGUGGAAGAUUUUGAAGAAUGAAACUAUGCUUCCUUAGUUGCUUGAAGAUUGCAUGGUGGAAGGUGUGGCAAUGAUUUUUGUUGAUUGAGAAAGUUGUGAUGAGCAAGAUUUAAUCUUUUAUUUGUUGAUGGUCAUAUACUCGUUGUUUUGACUUCUAUUACACAACGCUAUAUUUUCAUCUUGUUCAUUAAUGGCAUCUUUAAACAUGCUCUUAUCAUUAGCUUCUUGCAAUACCAGCCAAUUAUGUUUUCCA